AUGGAUACCUUGCGUUUCAACUUGAGUAACGCUCAGGUCAAAAAGUCCUCAGAGUUGGGCAAAGAAGCUGGAGAUGGUCGCGGAUGCGCUGAUCCUGAGGAUAAGGAUAUGGUUGUGCCACGUAGAGCUGGGGGUGAGGUCGAUGAUUGGCGGCCUAUGAGCGAGUAUGAACCAGACGAGAAUGAUGAGAUAGCAAGUGCGAUCUCACCAAUUGAAGCUUCAGGGGACAAUGAUUUGACUGAGGACUCAGUCAAGACCACAAUGGGCACGGGAACUGGGGCUCACUUUGCACCCUUCGACAAUGCAGCUACCCUUGAAGAUCAGCAAGCAUCAAGUUUGCCCGACCCGGGCACCCCCUUUUCUCGUCAGAGUGUCCGGAGUAAUGAUCUGGCAGGUGACCCAGAUCAAGCUGAUAGACAAUCCCACAACGACUCUGGUAGCUUCAGGCUUUCGAGGCAGUUAUCCCGUAUAUGUAAAGAGGAAAUGUUUGUUUUGGAUUUUGCCACCCCACGGCCUAGAGGCAAGACUGUUCGCUGUACUCCCCAGCCGCUGGCAACAACAGACACACAGAGUCCCCUUGCUCGUUUCCCUAUUGCAGUUCAGCCAACUCAUAGAUUGACUCCAGGAACACUUACAAAACGUGUUGUUGGUGAUUCUGGUGGUAAACUCCUUUUUGAAGAUACCCGACAACCAAGAUUAAUCCCAAGUCAGGGUGACAAGCAUCACCAAGGGCUUUCUGCGGACCUAUGGGAGGCCGACACGGAAUCAAUUAUCUCUGAACUUCAACCUAGUCCCUUGCAUAUCAACAGACGGAAACAUAGGGCUAACACUGACGAAUCUGAUCGUAGAUGGCCAAGAUUGUUUGAUAGGGGGUAUGCUGAUCCGCCUACCACACUUGAGAUGCUUAGGAUCAGCGCCUCGGCUGAGCGAGACGGUUCCUUCGAUCCCGAAGUCUUCAGAAAUGACGAUGAUAUUCCAACAGAAGGAGAUCGUACCCCUCGUGGGCUGGGACACCAAGAGCAGGACCUCCUUCAGGCGACACCUGCGCCAAGAGGCCUUCAACGUUCAGCUUCCACAAUUAUUACCCCAACACAGUCUAUGAAAAGGCUCGAACACAAAGCAUCUUUCAACCUGGAAGCUAUGGCGCAUUCAGGUUUUACCCCGGAGCAUCGUAGGGAAAGUAUUUCGAGGGAUACAUUCCCCAGGUCGGGCAUAAUGCUCAACCUCCAGAGUACUCAGGAACGUCUUGGAUGGCCCCCUCAAGAUUCUAUUGAAAUGAGGACAACCAUAACAGAGAAGCCCCCCAAAGCAAGACGCUUGCCUGAUUUGCCGGACUCUGGGCGGCAUGAACGCGCUUUUGUACCAAGAGAAUGGAUGAAGGCUUUCGCAACUACACCCCGAAAGUCUAGAACCAUGCCGCGAAACGAUGGACGAACUGAGACGCAUGGGGAGGCUUCUUCCGGGGUGGAUUGGCGAAAGACUUUGUUUCAGCCAAGUGCGACCAUGGAUGAGGGAGAUGCUGAGCGUUCAACAUCGGCCACUACGCGAGACUUCUCGCAACCUCAAAAGCUCCAAAAGCCGCCAUCACGAGCGAGACUUACUCCCAGCAGCACAUACAUUUCAUCAAACCAGCAGCUCGAUCGGUCAACUCGAGCCUCGUCCUUGAUGCCUCCCGGAAGUGAGGGAGACGUUCCUGAACGAAGAACCCCAUCACCCACCGCACCACAAACCACUGUCGUUCCACGGACACCAUCCUCGAGCAUCAGUAAUAUCUUCCGCAAGCGUAUCCGUUCGGAUUAUAAUCCCCCAGGAACUCCCAGAACACCGGCUGAGCCCACCUUGGCAUGGUCCCCGUUUGUUAACUGUGAACCGGAACCACCUUGUGCGUCGCCAUGGGUCUCGGGUAAUGGCGAAGGGAAAAGAGAGAAAGAGAAACGAGCGGCAUACUUCAGGGACAAGGUCGAGCGUGAGUUUCAGAACAGACAAUCGCCAAAGAGAUCCAGUCGUAAGGAUUCACUCGAAAGUGCGGCUAAUGGGGACUCUGUUCAAAACGACGUCGCCGCCAAUAAUAGGACGAGUAAAGAGAGUCUUAUACAGUGGAAGCAGUUCCUCGAAGACGCCCCGGAACCGCUUUUCUCAUCACCCAGACCACCUGUACCACCUCUUCCUUCUGAGUCUCAACUAAACCUCGCACUCGAUCGACCUCCCAGACAGAUACAAACCACUACUGGGGCAACCGCGCGGGUUGAAGUGACUCCAGCUGCUACAUAUCGAGACAAGAAACCCCAGGGGCUAACAGUAGAGACACGCAAGCUUCGUAAAGCAAUGCGUGAGGGGGCACAGACCCCAAGCAAAAACAAAUCGACGACGCCCGGAAGCAGCUUCAGGUCUACGUUUCGUUUGGAGGCAAGACGAAUGAGCUUUGGUCGACCAGCGGCGGACCACGAACCCCAGGGUAAAGACCGAGGAACCGAGACUUUUCCAAGAUGCAAGUGA